CACUUUUUGCCACGGUCUCAUGAGGUCAAAAUUGAGAACUCACAUUCUUCGACAGCGCAAACAACACAACAGCUUGGCACCUGGGUGGGAAGUUUGUCAAGAUGGCGAAGGACAAAAAGGGGAAAAGCGAGUCCAAAAAGGCCAAGUUGGCCGAAAAGAAGCAGAAGCAAGAGAAGAAGGCUGAGAAGAAAGCCAAGGUGAAAUCUGCAAAGGUCGAGGGCAGCGACGCCGAGGAUGUCGAUCUCGACGCCGUUCUCGAGGAGUACAAGAAGCAGCAGGAGCAAUUCCUCAAGGUCACCGAAAAUGUCGUCGAAGAUCCCCCGCGCGCCCGCGCCGCCUCUACCUUGAUGGCCAGCCCCUCCAACAGCAACCAGCUCCUCCUCUUCGGCGGCGAGUACUUCAACGGCGCCCUGGCUACUUUCUUCAACGACUUGAUGGUCUACUACAUCGACCGUGACGAAUGGCGCUGCGUCACCUCGCCCAACGCUCCUCUCCCGCGGUCCGGCCACGCCUGGACCCGUGGCGGAAACGACAGCACCGGCGUCUACCUCUUUGGCGGCGAGUUCUCGUCCCCCAAGCAAGGGACGUUCUACCACUACAACGACUUCUGGCGUCUCGACCCGUCCACCCGCGAGUGGGCACGCAUCGAAACCAAGGGCAAGACCCCGCCGGCCAGGUCUGGCCACAGAAUGACCUACUACAAGAACUACAUUAUUCUGUUCGGCGGGUUUCAGGACACGGCAAACCAGACAAAGUACCUCCAGGACCUGUGGCUGUACGACACCCAGAACUUUGUCUGGCACUCUAUCACCCCGCCGCCCGCGCAGCUGAAGCCCGAUGCCCGGUCGAGUUUUACCUUUUUGCCGCACGACCAGGGCGCCGUUCUCUACGGCGGGUACUCGCGCGUGAAGGCGACGGUGGCGGCUGGUAAGCAGACGAAGCAAGGCGGUGGCGCCGGUGGCUCCAAGAAUAUCUUGAAGCCCAUGAUCCACCAGGACUGCUUCUUCCUGCGGAUCACGCAGCCGCCCGCUGAUGCGCCGCCCAACACGGCCCCCACGGUCAGGUGGGAGAAGCGCAAGAAGCCGGCCAACACGCCGAGCCCGACGCGAGCGGGCGCGACCAUGGCGUACCACAAGGGCCGCGGAAUCAUGUUUGGCGGCGUGCAUGAUGUGGAGGAGAGCGAGGAGGGCAUGGAGAGCGAGUUUUUCAACCAGCUGUUUGCGUGGAACAUUGAGCGCAACCGGUUCUUCCCGAUGGGGUUGAAGAAGGCGAGGGCGCCUGGGAAAAAGGCCGGUGGUGGAAAUGGUGAGGGGGGGAGGGAGAGGGUGGGAAGGAGGGAUAGGGCGAAGCAGAACGAGGAGGAAUUGCUCAGGCAGCUGGCAGCGCUGCAGGCGGGCGCGAAGGGCUUGGAUGGUGAUGCGGAUGAGAUGGAGAUUGAUGCCAUCUUGAAGAAGCAGAGGGGCGAGGAAGAGGAGGAGGAGAAGGAUGAGAAGAGGAAGGUCAGGGAUAUGCCGGUGUCGAUGGAGAUGCCGCAUCCGAGAUUCAACGCGCAGCUGGCGGUGCAGGAUGAUGUGCUGUAUAUCUACGGCGGCACGUUUGAGAAGGGCGAUCGCGAGUUUACGCUGGAUGAUCUGUAUGCGAUCGAUCUGGGCAAGAUGGAUGGCUGCAAGGAGAUCUUCAAGAGGGAGGGCGAUGAUUGGAUUGAAUCUGAGGACGAAGAUGACGAUGAGGAAGAUGACGAGGAGGAGGACUCGGAUGAAGAGGCGGAUGAUGAAGAGGAUGCCAUGGAGGUCGAUGACAAGAAGGCCAAGUUCACUCCCAGCGAGAGGAAGAAGAAGAAGGCCAAGGAUGGCGAUGAGGCUCCCGUCGCCGAGACUGCCCCCGCUACUGCGGCUCCCGAAGAAGAGGAGGAGAGCGAGGAGACUAGGGUUGAUGACGGCCUGCCGCAUCCUAGAGUACGUUUCACAUUCUGUCUUCUUUGUUUUGAAUCAUGGCUAACACAAACACCACAGCCUUUCGAAUCCCGCCGCGACUUCUUCCAGCGCACGUCGGCCGAGUGGCAGGAGAUUCUCAUGACCAACCUCCGCUGGAAGGGUAUCCAGCCCGAGUCGCUUGCCGUCAAGGAGAUCAAGACCAAGGCGUUCGAGCUCAGUGAGGAGAAGUGGUGGGAUUGCAGAGAGGAGAUUACCGCGCUCGAGGAUGAGCAGGAGGCUGCGGGUAUCGGUGAGGUGGUUUCGCUUGCGGAUAAGGCGGGUGCUGGCGGUGGUGGUGGUGGUGGCGCCGGAAGGAGGAGGUAAAAGAGCGUUGAAGAAGACAAAAAAGGGGUUGGGUUUUGGAGUCUAGAGGCAUGCGAUAUACCCUGCUUUUAUGGCUGCUGUUUAUCUACCAUUGUAGGAACAGUCAAUUCAAAAAGCAAAGCAAGACCAAGUCAAAAUCGACUUCGAGCGAUGGAUGUCAUGAUCCAUCACCAUGUUGUUUUUUGUCACUGGUGUGUUAUUGUGGGAUAAAAGGAAC